CACAGCGGACCAGAUGCCCUCCUAACAGCUCUCAUACAGAACUGCAGCAGGAUUUUAAACAUUUGUUCAGGGUGAACAGAAAACCACCGGAGGAAACUGAGAAAGUUGAGGAAGAAGCUGCCUCUCUUAACAGGACUGUGGGUAGAAUGGCAGCCACCGCAGAGGAAAUCACAGAAGAAGCUGACUAUGACUAUGUUGGUGAACCUGUAUGCACUGUGGAGAAAAUUGCAGCCCCUCCAGACCAGAGGUUUCGCUUCCUCACUCAGUCUUUUCCACCGAUAGCAGUGUGUUGGCUGAUACUGUUAGUCAUCAUGGGCCUUCGUAUCCACUUUACCUCAGUCAUUUCUGAAAACAACGCCAAGCUGAUGGCAGAAAACCAGCAGCUGAACACACAAAACCAGGGGCUGGAGGGACAGAAGAACAUCUUAACAGAACAAAUACGAAACGUGGAGACAAGCGGCAACGUCAGUCGAGCUCAGUGGAGCAUUGAUGCCUACUGCCCCAAAAUAAAUGAAGAGAGACAGUGUAAACCUUGUCAGGAUGGUUGGCAACACUUCCAGGUCAGCUGCUAUUUGAUAAAUAACCUUGAUCUCCCUAAAUGGAAAACCUGGGAAGAAGCUCGAGAAAACUGCAGAGGAAAGAAUUCAGAUUUGGUUGUUAUAGAUAAUGCUGCAGAAAAGGUAAUGAAAAAAAAUAUUUUUUACAGGGGAAGUUCAGGAACCGAUGGAUACUGGAUUGGCCUGAGAGUUGAAAAUAGGAAAUGGAAGUGGGUCGAUGGAAGUGAUCUGACUGAAAUGUAAGAGACACAUCCCUUAACUCUUUAAAUUUGAAUCACAAAAUUGAUCAGCCUUGAUCUAAACAAUUAUGUUCUUCCCUCAGCUUCUGGAUA